AUGGCUGAGCCCACGACCAAGAAGCAGAAGGUACUCACGCAGUACGAGCAGCUGGCCGAGGUGACCAAGAUUGUGGCCGACACCGGAGAGAUCGCCCAGAUCAAGAAAUUUGCCCCGACAGACGCUACGACCAACCCGUCCCUCCUGUACAAGGCAUCGUCUGCCCCUGAGCACCAGGACCUCGUGAACGAUGCCCUCGCCUACGGGAAAGCUCUCAAAGACGUCACCGACGACGAGCGAGUGGCAAAGACCAUGGACAAGCUCAGCGUCAACUUCGGCGUGGAGAUCCUCACGCUGGUCAAGGGCUACGUCUCAACGGAGGUAGACGCUAGGCUGAGCUUCGACACGGAGGCCACCCUGGCGAGGGCGCGCAACAUCAUUUCGCUCUACGAGGCCGCGGGAGUCGACAAGUCUCGCAUUCUCAUCAAGAUCGCCAGCACGUGGGAGGGUAUCAAGGCGUGCGAGGUCCUCCAGAAGGAAGGCAUCACCUGCAACAUGACCCUCCUCUUCGCGCUGCCCCAGGCGGCGGCCUGCGCCGAGGCGGGUGCCACCCUCAUCUCCCCCUUCGUCGGACGCAUCCUGGACUACCACAAGAAGAAGACCGGGAACUCGUACCCGGACGCGUGGCAGGACCCGGGCUGCAUCAGCGUGUCGGAGAUCUACGGGUACUACAAGAAGCACGGCUACGGCACGAUCGUCAUGGGGGCCAGCUUCCGGAGCAAGGACGAGGUGCUGCAGCUGGCGGGCUGCGACCGGCUCACCAUCGCUCCCAAGUUCCUCGCGGAGCUGCAAGAGAGCAACGGCGAGGUGGUGCAGCACCUCGAGGCUUCGGCUUCAGCCGCGGCGUGCACGCUUGACAAGCUGCCGUCCAGCGAAUCGGCGUUCCGCCUGGCGAUGAACGACGACCCCAUGGCCACCUCUAAGCUGGCCGAGGGGAUCCGCGGCUUCUCCGCCGACCUGGUCAAGCUGGAGGCCACCGUCCGCGACCGCCUCGGCGUCACCCCAUCCCCGACUCCCGGCCCGGCCUGGGCCCCGCCUGCCGCCGCCGCCGCGGCGGCCAACGGAGACGGCGUAACUAACGGUAACGGUAACGGUGGCGGUGGCGAUAAGACGGAGUUCGACCAGCUGGCGGAGGUGACGACGAUCGUGGCGGACUCGGGAGAGAUCGAGGCAAUCCGCAAGUACAAGCCCACGGAUGCCACGACCAACCCGUCCCUCAUCUACGCGGCGGCGCAGAUGCCGGCGUACCAGGGCUUCGUGGACGACGCCGUGAAGCACGCGCUCGGCCUCCAAGGCUCGCCGAAGGAGCGAGUGGAGGCGGCCAUGGACAAGCUGUCUGUGAACUUCGGGCUGGAGAUCCUCAAGAUCGUCCCUGGGUACGUUUCCACGGAGGUUGACGCUAGGCUCAGCUACGACACGGAGGCUACGGUGGCUAAGGGCAGGAGCAUCGUGGCGCUCUACAAGGCCGCCGGGAUCGACAAGUCCCGCGUUUUGAUCAAGAUCGCCAGCACGUGGGAGGGCAUCAGAGCGUGCGAAAUCCUGCAGAAGGAGGGCAUCUCCUGCAACAUGACCCUGCUCUUCUGCAUGGCUCAGGCCGUCGCGUGCGCAGAGGCGGGGGCGACGCUUAUCUCCCCGUUCGUGGGUCGCAUCACGGACUGGUACAAGGCGGACACCGGUCGAUCGGGGUACGCGGCGGAGGAAGACCCGGGCUGCCUCAGCGUGUCGGAGAUCUUCGGGUACUACAAGAAGCACGGGCACGGCACGAUCGUCAUGGGGGCAAGCUUCCGGAACAAGGGGCAGAUCCUGCAGCUGGCGGGCUGCGACCGGCUCACCAUCGCUCCCAAGUUCCUAGAGGAGCUCAAGAGCGGGACAGAGAAGGUGGAGCGCAAACUGGAGCCGGAGACAGCCUCGACGGCAUACAGCGGGGGGCGCUACCCGGCAGACUUGAAGUCUUUCCGGCUCAAGCUGAACGAGAAUGCCAUGGCGACAGAGAAGUUGGCGGAGGGAAUCGCCUCCUUCUCCCAGGCCAUCGUUAAGGUGGAAAAGAUCAUCACCGACAAGAUCGCCGCGGCGUCGACCUGAGGCGGGAUCGAGGGCAGCACCACGCCUAUGCUAUGUAGCGCCGCUUGCUAUGCUUUCAAUACGUACGAUGGCUUUACCAGGAAGUCUUCUGCUGUAGGUGGCAUAUUUUGUUGCCAAGGAAAUAAAUCAAUGCCGUUCGUGCUUUCGCUGGUCUUCGCUCUGUAGGCAUUGUAAGCCUCACAAAUAUGAACGUUUAUUCGUUGUCCAGGACGCAUCUUCGGCAGAAAGUCUUGCAAGGGCAAGGCAACCACCCGAGAUGUGAGGCGUUGGUACCCUUUAACUGCCCGGGGUACUAUCGAUGGGGGUAGGCGAAGGGGUCGGAUUGCCACCAACACAUGUGUAUGAGCGCCAUGUUUGAUAUCGGUCGAGCGGGGGCGGGGUCGUCGGAAUGGCCCCAGUGCGUGUGUACGUGUCUGUAAGAGUAGCCUAUUUCCGACAGCACAUGUUGGUGAAUAGUUGCCGUUCGGCGACAUAGAGAAGUAAGAGCGUGCUACGGCCUUGACAUCGUUGGUAUCACGACGUUUCGCGUAGAAAAUGAGUUUCUUUCUCUUGAGGUUGGGCCGUCAUUUCGAGGUGUGUGUUUGGUACGUCUGCCAUCACUGGGGGUGAUGGGUAGAAACUAACGCAGCGGCUUGUAUCAUCUGUGUAUAGACGGGAUUGUCGGAAAUGAAUUCGAAUUGCUUGCUCGAA